UGUAUUUUGAAUUUCGGAGAAAAAUACAGAAAAUUGUUAGUUUUUACUUUUUACAGAAUGUGAAUUGUGCCAUACUGAUAUAUAUAUAUUGUUAAAAAUUUGUAUAGCCCAUUAUUUUUUUAUAUUUCACACAAUACUUUCUCGCAAUCUUUGCGUAACGUAUAUUAAAAGUGUAAUGAUAUAAAAGCGCAGUCUUGUCUGAUGUGUUUUGUGAAACGUAGAAAUGAAAAAUGAAUGAUAGCUCGGAUACUAUUCACUGGUCUGAGCCCCAUUGCUCAAAGGAUGCUUUAACUGAUACAUAUGGAUGGUUUUUGCAAUUUCUACUUGCUGUAUUGGCGUUUACGUGCCUAAUAGGUAAAAGAUUUUGUGAGCCAAAAUAUGCAAGAAGACCGUGGCUUAUUUGGUUUUAUGACACAUCAAAACAAGGUUUAGGUGCAUUAAUUAUACAUGCUGCUAAUGUUUGGUUGUCACCAUAUCAGACAGGAAACCCUUGCACUUGGUACAUAGUAAAUUUUAUGUUAGAUUCAACCCUUGGACUGUUAAUAAUAUGGGCUGGGAUAAGACUUGCCCAAUACUAUGCUAGAGUUUAUGAUAUUCCACUUAUAAAUUUUGGUGAAUAUGGUAAACCACCAAUGUGUUCUGCAUGGUUAUGCCAGGGUGUAUUAUAUGCUGCACUGGCGACUUUUGCUAAGUCAAUGCUAGCAUUAGUUCUUCAGCUGCCACUAGUUCAGGCUGUUUUAUCUACUCUACGGCUAUCUCCAGUCUCUGACCCAAGACUGGAAUUGGCUAUUGUUAUGCUCAUUAUACCAUUUUUUGUUAAUAUUUUAAUAUUUUGGGUGACAGACAAUUUCCUCAUGUACCAUCCUCGAGGAGUUAGCUCCAAGUUAAAGACGAAGGUGCGGUACCAGUCGAUAAAGAAAGAUAAGAGCUGUUCCGAUGAAGAAGAACAGUCGGCAGACGAGAGACUCCUCGGCGCCAGUGUAUGACCCAACACCAAGCCUAGAUUGUUACGGGCCUAAGUAGAUAAGUCUUUAUCUGUUUAAUAAAAAAAAUAUCACUCUACUCGAUAGUUAAGGUCUAUAUUUUAUACUGUAACAAAUACUGAAGAGUCCAAAAUUUAACACAAAUUUGACCUUGACCCAAGGCUGUCUCAGCCAGAAAAGUCACUACCAAAUUAAAUUAAAUAACCAAACUAGGAAAAAGGUGACAUAAAUCCCAAAGAGGUUUCGCUGUACUCGUAGUUCUAGAAAAAUGAAAAAAUUUACACAAUUCCAAGUGUCUAUGACACUUGUCUUUGUAUAAUUUGUGUCUAUGGUAUGCUCUACGCUUCGAGGCAAUAAUUUUCUUUGAAAUAUUUUGUGAUUACUUAAUGUAUAAUUUAAUUUCGCUCUUGAUCAAGAUUGUAUAUACAAUUUACAAUUAAUAUUUUAGCGAGAGCGUAAUAUGUAAAUGCAAUUAUUGUUCCUUAGAUAUUUUCCGUUUUCAUUCGUGUUAAAACUUGAUAUAUUGAAACUUCAACUUUAAACACGAUAUUUUAUCUCAUUUUGCUAGGAACCAUAGAGCUUGAUUUUAGUCUGUGGUAAAUGAAACAUUCUGCAUAACUAUUUUUGUAAUUGAGUAUUUGUCGCAAAUUGUAAAUUUUUACUCGAAGUUUAAUGCUUUUAUGCAUUUAAAUAUUCUUAGCAGUCUUAAUUGGAUUUAAAUUCAUUAAUUGAAUCAUAUCAUAUCAUUCUUCAAUUUGAUUCAGACAAUUCCGAUUAUAUUUACGGUACCAUGCGCGCCAUAAAAGAGAAGACCCUGUAGUCGAAAUGUAAAGGUAUCUCAUCUCGAAUAAUAUAGUCCAGGCUAAAAUGGUCUGAAAAUCAACUGCGACGCAAGUUUACCCACACAAUGUACGGAGUCUUAUCUAUCGUGGCGCGUGUUAUACUUUAAUUAAUAGUUACCCCCUUACCGAUAAAACUGAGGCUGACUCAAAACAAUAUUUAAUUAUUUUUAAUGAUAAAAUCGUGGUAUUUUUAAAUAACGAACAAUUUUUUCAACUGGCUACAUUCUCCAUUAACAUAAUAAAAGACACUUUUUUGUCUAUCAAUUUAUAAAACAAGGUUUUGAAGUUGUAAUUUUAACGUUUGUUUAAACCUCUGUCAACGCUUUUUCGUUUUAUCAAUAAAUAAAAAUACGGUUUAAUACUCUUAAAGUUGAGAUUUUAUAGUUGUUGUUUAUCGGUAAGGGGGUUUCAGCGAAGAGUAAUUGUAGCCGGUUAAUCAUUGUAUCAGGUAUAACACUGUAAAUAUUAAAUGUUUUAACUCACGCGUCCCACUAUUUAUCAGAAUAUUAGCGAACUAUUUUCAUCGAUAUUCUAUCAAAUUAGAUUUUAUAAAUAUACAGUAAUGCUUAAAUAAAUAAAAAUAUUUUUUAUAUUUUUCGAUUUUUGAAAAACGUUCCUAAUAAGUACUUAUAGCCCUGUAGUGCCAUUUUUAUUGAUGACAUAACUAUAACAUCGAAUAAAGACUGAGGAAGUCGAUAAAAUUAUUCCUAGAAAACGGUCAUAAAUUAUAGCUUACUGAAAAACAUUCCAUGUUUGAAAUUCCAUUUCUAAAUAUUUGAUUUACCUUAUUUAUGUUUUAAUGUUUGUAACGUUUAAAAUAUAUUUAUGCAAACAAUUUAAAAAUAGAAUUAUAACUGUAUCGUAUUGUAACUUUCGAAAUAUCAUCUGUCGAUGAUCGAUUUUAGUAUCUUGAUUUAUUCUGUGUCAUAAAUAAACAUGAUAUGAUGUUGAUUGGCCUAAAGGUCUAGAUACCAGGCCGUAAACUCAAAAAAAAAAAGAUAUGAUGUUGACUAUGAAAUUCGUUAAGUUUGUUAAAGGUUUUAAUCCGAUCCGAUUUGCCAUUAAUUGUAAAAAAUAUAACAAUUAAGUUUUAUAAUUUGUAUAAUCAUUGCUGUAAAUAUAAUAUCAAUUAUAUUUUACAUACGAAAAUAUAAUAAAUUAUUGUAAUACGUUGCAAAUACUGGAAUAGAAAGUAAAGGAAUUUCGCUUUAUUAUAAAGAGUAGCGCUAAGUAUGGCUUCUGUAUGUCAAAUCCAAUAGGUUUCUGACAAACAGGAGUCGCAUGUGCCAAGUCUCGAUUUUAAGACAUUCAGAACGUGAUUACAUAAUGUAUUUCUACUUAUAUAGAUUGGAUUAAUUAUUUUAUUUUUGGACAUAUACUUCAUGUAUACAAAAUAUGUAUAUUUAAAGACAGUGAACACAUUCUGUAUACAAACAGAGAGUACAGUUUUCUUUUGAGUGACUAGGUUUUUUGACCAGUACUUAUUUGAAUAGCAGACCAACGUGCCAAAUUAUAGAUCGCGUAAAUAUUUGUAAUACCUGAGUUUUAUGUAUGGUUUUAUUUUUUUUGUCUUGUUUUUUUGUUUACUUUUAGUAAUAGGGUGACAAUUUUAUAAAACUUGACUCGACUUAAUUACAAGCAAAGUUUACUACCAUAUCUCUAACGUGUAAAAUUUCUUUUAAAUUGUGACAAACAAAAUUUCCGAAAUUAAACACGAUUCAAAUUACAUAUCAACGUUAUGACAAGUCUGUGGUUAUAGAGAAACAUUGACGUUGGGAUACUUUUAUGAUGACCCGAGGGGACCGAGACAAAAAUUUGUCAUGACACCAAACGUGAGCUAAUGUCGUUUGUGGGUCGCGUAUCUUUGUCUAAGGCACUUGGUGCUUACUUUUGACGUCCCAUAGAUAUUUUAGUUUGUUACCGAUAUUAUUUUGUCGAAAGUUUUGUCUCCUAUAAGCCCCAAAUAGCUAUGUAAUGUAUGACGUUAAUUUGUGCCGUUAUAUAAAAUUUCUUUACCGGAUGAAUGUAAAUUUGUUACAAAAUAAACAUAACUCGACCAUGUGAGUGGUUUACAGACGAGGUCAGCAAAGGGCUGCUGUAUAUUCUUGUUGAUAUCAAGUUCAUCAUAUUACAAUAUUUGUUAGAAAAUCGAGUUUUUAACAGAUGUUGACGUUUUGAGGUUCUAGGAAGCCUCCCCGAAUGUUUCCGCGGUGAAGUCCGUAUGUAUAAAUUUUCAUAAAAGUUAAACAGCAAUAAAAAAAUGAAGGAACGUAAAAAAAUAAAAUAAUAAAAAAUAAACAAUUUAUAAACACAAUACUUUGGUAUUUACAUAAACGAUUUUAUAAGGAUUAUAUUUAUUCAGAUCCUAAAGUGGCGUGUGCGGUGUGGCUCAGCGUCUGUAAAAUAAUGCAACAAUGGACUAAGGUUUAAUUAACAAAGUUUGUCAUUAUUUAGGCUGAGCGCGCACGGGUUACUUUUGUCACCGUUACAUUAAAGUUUUUGUCAUUGUCACGUCAUGUUUCUAAAGUGGAGUGCGCUCACGAAGGGUGGCAGUGACAUAACUUUUUUGAUAUCGUAGUGUCAUUUGCUGAUAUGGAUUUCGAAGAGACGGUAGCUAGCUAUGAUCUCAUCAAACCCAGAAUAAAGCGAAAAGAAUACUGGGUACACCCCCUUUGGAGUCACAACCUACUAGUGGAAAGUUCUACAUUAUGUUCUCUUCCCAUGCUUUAAUUUUCAAAUUAAUGUCAAAGUAGUCUUUAAAUUUUUUUUAUCAUAGACUAUAGAGUGCUGGUCUAUUUUCCACUUCUUAAAUAAUGAUGUCAUUAUCAAUAUCGUCUUCUCCAAUAUUGACUUUUUGUGUUGAAGUCGAAAAUCGGCAAUGCGAACAAACGAUGCUCAUAGUGACAAUUUUGUCACUCGUACGCACUGCUAUAAUAACCCAACGGCGCGUUGACAGUUUCGUCAUGAGCUUGUUCGCCGGUCGGCGUAUAUAGUGACAUUCACACACAUGCGCGUAUCCCCAUACAAAUCCACAGACUUGUUAUGAGUGAGGAAACAGUGACAAAAGUCACCCGUGCGCGCUGGCACUUUUUAUUACGAAAAAGGUUUGCUAACUAAAAAUAUCAAUACCAUAGACCAACGAUAUUUAAUUAAUUGAAGAAGUUUUAUUUAAAGCUUUUAAAUGUGUCGUUAUUCUUAUUCUUGUGUCAUUUCGUAUAUGAAUAAAAGUGUUGUUAUACUAAUUGAAGCUUAUAGCGCGUUGACGAAGUUUUAAUAUUUGUAUAUUUUUUUAGUGAUCUGAGUCAUUUUGAAUUUAUUGUUCAUGCAUAUGGAUUUGUAAUUGAAACAUGUGAUGUAAAUAAUAUUUUAAGGGAAUUAUUGUGAAUACAUUUACAUAUGAGUGUAUUAUAUCAUAUAAGUAUUUAUAUCAUAUAUUGAAACAUGCGUGUGCAGUUGUUUAUUGUUUAUGCGAAUAAAUUCACGUCAUGUGUUCA